AUGUUAAGGUGGUGGAAUCAUAUGAAAACGUACAGAAGUGGUAUUAUACGACCAUACAUAGUAAGAUGUAAAAAUUAUAAUAUAACCACUGCACGAUGGAUAUCCAAAUAUACUAGUGCACAUGUAAAUAGUGAAAACAAAAUAUUUUCAAAAAAAAAUUUUAAUAAUGUGUUAAUGCAAAAUUUGAAAAUUACGGAGGAGGAUGACCAGAUAAUUUGUGAGAAGAUUUUCUUCUCCAAGUACAACCUGCCUUAUAUGUUAAAAAUACCCGUGAGCGAUUUAAGACUAAUAGACACAUGCAACAACAACCACAAUCCUACUUUACUAGUUAGGAAAAAUAUGAUAUUACUAAGAACAGGUUUUAUAAGCUGUGUUAUUCGAUAUAACGAGUUGUGGUUGUUUGAUCCAAAUAACCCGUUGAUUAUUAAAGCAACCACUUUAAUAAAAGAGAAUUUAAAGGAAAGAAAAAAAAAAAAAAAAAAUUUCAAGUGUGCAUGUGGGGAGGUUAGUAAAGCUGUUAGUGUACCUGCUGAUGAAGUGGUUGGUGGAGAGACAAGUGAACCUGCCAAUGAAGCAGCUAGUGAUGCUGCUAACAAAGAAGCUGGUGGGAGUAAGAGUGCCACAAUGGUGGGGGUGGAAUAUGAUGAAAUAGACGAAAUGGGUGAGAACAGGAGGGAGGACAUAAUAAAUGAAGAAAAGGAUGCACUGCAUUACCUGAACGUAAAGAAUAAUUUUUAUAGAUAUAAGGGAAACGUCUUUUUCGAAUUUUUAUGUUUGGAUGUAUGUAUGCAGUUGUCUAUAAAGGAAUAUGAAAAUAAUUUAGACAAAAUAAAUAUGAAAAUAAGGGAAAAUAUAUUAUUACAAAGAAAAGAGGAGAACAAUGAAAUAAAUAUAUUAACAAAUAAGUUAUUACGAGAUAUGAUGAAAAUAAAAAAUUUUUUACAAAAAUUAUCCAACAUGUUAAAUGCUUUACGUAGUAAUAUAGAAAAAGUAUUAAAGAACGAAUUAGAUAUGAAAUAUAUGUACUUAACAUAUUUAAAUAAUAAUUCUAUGCAAAAAUUAAAAGAUCAUAGUGAUCUUGAAAUAUUACUAGAGACACAUAUACAAUUAACAGAUGAAAUAUAUGUACACUUAGACAAUGUCGAACAAAAAAUUACUCACUAUGAAGAAUUAUUGCGUUUAAAUCUUGAUUAUAAUAGGAAUAAAUUUAUUUUAUUAAAUGCAAAAAUUUCUUUUUCAACUUUACUCUUUUCUGUUUGUUCAGUCAUUACAAGUUUGUUUGGUAUGAAUCUCAAAAAUUUUAUUGAAAAUAGUGAUUAUGCAUUUUGCUUUGUAUCCAUUUUUGUUUCCUUUUGGUCCAUCCUUGGCAUUUAUCUUACAAGAAAUAUAAAUUCUUUGCUCAAAUUUUUCGACAAAUAUAACGUAAAAUGA